CACUUUCACUUUCUCUUCCGCCAAAGCCGCUCCCCUCCCGCUUCCAGCAGACUGGGGCGUACCGGGAGGGGAGCUGGGUUGGAACCCGGGACGCCGGGGGCGGCCCCGCAAGUGGGGCCCCUCCGGCCAGGUGGCGCGCCCCCGCCGUGCGGCGUCGGGCCGGUUUCCUCUUUCGCCCAUUGCUGACUCAGCUCGGUGCCCCUGCCCUUUCACCGUCCCACGCGGGGGCCCGUUCCCCAUGCCAGGCCGGGUCCCCGGUCCCUGGGCGGUGUAAGGGCUGCCGACUGCCGCCGGGGACACCGAGGCCGAGAGGGCUUGGGCCGCGCCAGAGGCCACCGGGCCGGGGCUGAGUUGUUCUGGUCAUCUGCCGCUCCCAGGUGACCCGCAGGUAGCAUUUCCCUGCAGACGCAGCCCCCCCGGGGGGAUGGGCGCAGCCACGCCAGAUGGACGAGAAGACCAAGAAAGCAGAGGAGAUGGCCCUGAGCCUGACCCGGGCAGUGGCAGGUGGGGAUGAACAGGUGGCUAUGCAGUGUGCCAUCUGGCUGGCAGAGCAACGGGUGCCCCUGAGUGUGCAACUGAAGCCAGAGGUCUCCCAGACACAGGAUAUCAGGCUGUGGGUGAGUGUGGAGGAUGCUCACCUGCACACGGUCACCAUUUGGCUCACAGUGCGCCCCGACAUGACAGUGGCGUCCCUCAAGGACAUGGUAUUCUUGGACUACGGCUUCCCGCCAGCCCUGCAGCAGUGGGUGAUUGGGCAGCGGUUGGCACGAGACCAGGAGACCCUGCACUCCCACGGGGUGCGGCGCAAUGGGGACAGUGCCUACCUCUACCUGCUGUCAGCCCGCAACACCUCACUCAACCCUCAGGAGCUGCAGCGGGAGCGGCAGUUGCGGAUGCUGGAAGAUCUGGGCUUCAAGGACCUCACGCUGCAGCCACGGGGCCCCCUGGAGCCAACCCCUCCAAAGCCCGGGGCCCCCCAGGAGCCCAGACGGGUUCAGCCAGAUGCGGUACCUGAGCCCCCGCUGGUGGGCUGGCAGUGCCCCGGCUGCACCUUCAUCAACAAGCCCACGCGGCCCGGGUGUGAGAUGUGCUGCCGGGCGCGGCCCGAGACCUACCAGGUCCCGGCUUCAUACCAGCCCGACGAGGAGGAGCGAGCGCGCCUGGCGGGCGAGGAGGAGGCGCUGCGCCAGUACCAGCAGCGGAAGCAGCAGCAGCAGGAGGGGAACUACCUGCAGCACGUCCAGCUGGACCAGAAGAGCCUGGUGCUGAACACCGAGCCCACCGAGUGCCCCGUGUGCUACUCGGCGCUGGGGCCCGGCGAGGCCGUGGUGCUGCGUGAGUGUCUGCACACCUUCUGCAGGGAGUGCCUGCAGGGCACCAUCCGCAACAGCCAGGAGGCGGAGGUGUCCUGCCCCUUCAUUGACAACACCUACUCGUGCUCGGGCAAGCUGCUGGAGAGGGAGAUCCGGGCGGAUAAACUUAUAGAAGUGGGAUGGGUGCCACAAGAUCGGAAAACUUUGGGCUGGUUGAAAUAUCGCCACCUUGCUUUCUCAGAGUGUGAGCUCCUGACCCCUGAGGAUUACCAGCGAUUUCUAGACCUGAGCAUCUCCAUCGCUGAGAACCGCAGUGCCUUCAGCUACCACUGCAAGACCCCAGACUGCAAGGGAUGGUGCUUCUUUGAGGAUGACGUCAAUGAGUUCACCUGCCCCGUGUGUUUUCACGUCAACUGCCUGCUGUGCAAGGCCAUCCAUGAACGUAUGAACUGCAAGGAGUAUCAGGACGACCUGGCCGUGCGGGCGCAGAACGAUGUCGCUGCCCGGCAGACGACGGAGAUGCUGAAGCUGAUGCUGCAGCAGGGCGAGGCCAUGCACUGCCCGCAGUGCCAGAUCGUGGUGCAGAAGAAGGACGGCUGUGACUGGAUCCGCUGCACCGUCUGCCACACCGAGAUCUGCUGGGUCACCAAGGGCCCGCGCUGGGGCCCCGGGGGCCCAGGAGACACCAGCGGGGGCUGCCGCUGCCGAGUGAAUGGGAUUCCUUGCCACCCAAGCUGUCAGAACUGCCACUGAGCUAAAGAUGGCCAGGUCCCACGCUGACCCAGCCCCACAUCUGCAGGCUGUUUGGGGGGCAGGGCUGGGCUUGGGGCUUUGGCUCCGAUUUCUGGUCUGGGAGAUGCCUUUGUGCUUGGUCAAGGCAGGGGCCCUGCAGAGCCCAGGGCCCCUGAGCUGCAUGGACAGCCUCAUUUGCCAUGGGAGUCGCAGGGGCCCCGCCUGCGCUGCUGUUGUCCACAGUCACAUCUGUCCCAGUACCUUUGUCCUUCCCCUGGGGCUCUCUGCAGCUCCCACCUCUACCUGCCCCCUGGCCAGAACCACCGUGUGACUCCAAACUCCUCCCAACCGCCACCCUCGUCUGCUGCACAGCAAGCACUCACAGCCACCUCCUUUCUGCUGUUGGCUUUCUGGGGGGUGACUUUUCUCUGCCUUUGUGGUGGGAGGCCUGGCGCUUCUUAGAACUCCUGCUGAUCUGUUCCGAGCCACGAGGGAGAGCAGGCAGUUUUGAAAGCACAGCCCAUCAUGUCUGGCUCUGCAUCUCCCUCUCUCCUGCCCGUGCAAGCUAAUUAAAAUAGUUUUCCAGGAA